AUCAAAAUAAAGAAGUAAGGAAAGAAGCAAAUAAAUUGGAAAGAAUUUUGUUGAGUGAAUCAGAAUGGAUUUUGAUGAAUGAUCUGGUAGUUGUUUUGAAAGAUUUUGAAGAAAUUACUAGAAAAUUAAGUGGGGCCACAUACAUUACCUUUUCCUUAAUUUAUCCAUCAAUAUAUACACUAAUUAAAAAACUCCAAGAAAUGUUACCAGAAUCAUCCCAUCUCUCAAUAGAUAAUGAAUUUGAAGAUAGUAGUGAACAAUUGCAAUUGGAUGAACAAGAGGAUGUAUUUAAUAUUCAAGACAUUUUAGAAGAUGAAGAGGCUGAUGAAAUAUUAAUUCUUGACUCAAAUACCAAAAAAAAAAUAAACAUUUCUAGUUCUAUAGAAACAGAUGGAUUGAAGGAUCUUAUUAUAGAAGCAUUGUUGAUUUAUUUAAAAAAAUAUUGGGAUGCACCUUCUGAUUUGUCAAUGGUUGCCACAAUACUUGAUCCAAGGCUUAAAAAACUAUCUAUUUUUGAAGAAAAAGAUGUAAAAACCACUAUAUUUAAUUUAAAGGAGGAGUAUGAAAUAUCGUGUAGUAAUAAUUUGCAAAAUGAAGCUUGUGAAGAUUCUGAAUCAUUAAUUGAUUUGAGAAACAAUGAUGCAUUUGGAUCAUCAAUUUUUA